GGAGGAAGGAGGAAUUAUAAGAGGAGUUCAACUUCUGUCUUGCCCCAGCUGUCAAAACAGCCUCGUACACACACUCCUCUGCAUGCUCAAAUGCAAGACGUACACUUCUCUAAACUGCACACACUCUCCCAGGACCUUAGAAGAGAUUUUUAAUUCAGGAGAGCCAAAAGAUCCUAGAACGACAUUUCCACAAGUCAAAUUUCAGAAAAAACACCCCUCUGGCCUUGCAUUAAAGCGUGCCGUCCCACGAUGCCCUGGGUCACGGUGCUAAUAGCAACCAUAUCCUGUGCGCUGAUGAGACACGGCCACUGCCAAUCAAACUCCUCAGAAGACUUCCUGUUCUCUAGUGACCCAGUUGCCAUCCUGCUUCCUGGCCUUCAUGCCACCCUCUCACCUCUGACCCCAAGUGAGGGUGUGAGCACCGAACCUAAACCUGCCACUCUCGCCUCCUCACACUCCUCAUCAUCCCUCGUUUCUGGGAACGGAUCAGUGCAUGCUCGUCCUCUUUCUCCCCCACCAGCGUGUUUGUUGUCUAUGAAAGUCGCGUUUAAGUACGUGAACACGGUGCUGUUUUGUGUCAUCUUUGUGGUGGGCAUAGUGGGUAAUGCCACACUGCUAAGAAUCAUAUGCUUCCACAAGAACAUGAGAAAUGGCCCCAAUGCCCUGAUUGCCAGCCUGGCACUGGGAGACUUCAUCUACAUCGCCAUCGACAUCCCCAUCCACAUCUAUAAGUUGCUGGCGACGAGGUGGCCAUUUAAUGACACACUGUUCGGACUCUUCCUGUGUAAGCUCUUUCCCUUCCUGCAAAAGGCUUCAGUUGGGAUAACGGUGCUCAACCUGUGUGCCCUCAGCGUGGACAGGUAUCGUGCCGUGGCCUCGUGGGGCCGUGUCCAAGGCGCGGGAAUCCCAGCCUCGACCGCAGUAAAGAUCAUGUGUAUCUGGAUUUUGGCCAUUCUUCUGGCUGUUCCUGAAGCUGUGGGCUUUAACAUGGUCAGCUUUGUCCACAACAAUGAGACUGCACAGACCUGCAUGCUCAAGCCAGAAUCCCAGUUUAUGACUUUUUACAGAGACGCAAAAGACUGGUGGCUGUUUGGGGUUUACUUCUGCGUGCCGUUAGCAUGUUCAGCUAUCUUCUACACUCUGAUGACCUACGAGAUGCUGAAUUACAGGAAAGGAAGUCUGAAAAUCACACUCAGUGAACACCUCAAACAGCGACGUGAGGUGGCGAAGGCCGUAUUCUCUCUGGUGGUAAUCUUCGCUCUGUGCUGGUUUCCUCUUCACCUGAGUCGCAUUCUGAAGAAAAUGGUUUACUUUCAGCACAACACUCAGCGCUGUGAUCUGCUCAAUUUCUUGCUGGUGCUUGAUUACUUCAGCAUGAACCUGGCGACUAUAAACUCCUGCAUCAACCCCAUCAUACUCUAUCUCGUCAGCAAGAAGUUCAAAAACUGCUUUAAGUCAUGUCUGUGUUGUUGGUGUUAUUCGGGUUCUCUGCUGAGCAGCAUGGGGACCAGCACCCAGUGCAAGACCCCUGACCUACAGAAUGGCCUUACAGACCGCACAACGUUGCCCAAGGACAGUUACAACUGAGGACAUACACUUAAAGGAUCGUGAUGGUCCAAGAGCAACUGAUAACACAUUGAGAGGAUGAACAUUGGCUGCAGAGAUGGCUGAAGAUUCAGAAAAGAAAAAGUAUUUUUUUUAAUUUGUGCACAUCACUUCAAAUUCUCAAAUACAAACCGCACAUUUUGAUGCUGACUUUGUCAGGUUGAUAGUAUUAUUGUAGAAAAUGGCUAUAUUCUAUAUUUCUAUUGUAUUAUUAUUGUUCUUAUAUUGUAUUUAUUCAGGUUAGAACUUUAAACAGUAACAGUAAGCCAACAACAUCCUCAUAUACUUUUGCAAUAAGGUAUCUGGGGUUUCAUUUAGGCUGUAUUCACAUUAUAAGUUUGAACAUUGUGGGGUUUUUUCAGAGCUGUGCAAAUAUAAAAAUAGACUUGUUAGAUUAGAUUCAUGUGUUUUUUUUUUACAUAACACAGUUGCACAUCAUCAAGUGCUAGCUUAAAAGAAAUGGACUGCAAAAACAGCAAAAGUUCUUCGCCUGGCUCUUUUCUACUUUCUCAUCUUGGUUAUGAACAGCUGCCAAUCUCCACAGCACAUAAAUUUUAUGAUGAAGGCUUUCGCUGCUGCUUUGUUCAUUUUAUUGCCUUUGCAGUGGGCUGAGUUUCCCAUUGUGGUCAUUGUGGAUCAUUGUGGGAGAGCGAGCAUCACAUUGUAAAAUUCUCUCUACUAGUUAAGAUGAUCCCGAACUUUUACAAUGCUUUUAGAAAACUGCAUCAUGUUGGCUUGUAAGUAUAAUGUGCUGUUUUCAUGAUGGAUCUGGCUCCGUUCACCUUGUACUUGUAAAACAAAAACGACAAAAUCUUUUAUCUACAGCAUUCAUCCAGUUAACCUUUACCUCUCAUCAUUCCUAAUUGUCAUGAGUAACAUUCAAAAUUUCCAGAUUUUUACUUGGUCUGUUAUUAUUUAAUCUAAAGAUGUUAUUUGUUUCAAGGCUUGCCUUUUUUUAAAAAAGGAAAUCCACCAAGAUCACAGGAAUGUAUCAGUAAAGUACUAAUAAUCAGACAGAUUUGUGUUUAUUAUGCCCUGUAUCAUUUGUUUUGUGAUUUAAUGAAAUAAACUAUAUAUUUAAAUAAAUAAA